AUUGAGUUUUUUAUCCUCCGUUCAGAAAUCGAGGUUUCAGAUCAAACUUGUAGAAAAAUCCAGUACGAGAUGAUUAUCCAAAUAUUGUUUUUAUCUCUUCUCUUUGCGCAAGCAUUUUGCCGGGCAGAUUCAUGUUCGCCUUUAGAUCCAAAAUGUAAAUCAAGGUUGAUGACUUUAAGGGAAAUGAAGAAGAGGACAGGUCUUUCAGCUGGUGAUAAUAUGGACUAUCGGGCUGUCUAUAAAGAAGAUCUAAGAGAAGGUGGCCUUUCAGGUAACGAUAUUUUUAAUGGGUCCCAUCGAAAAUCUCAUACUGGUGGUGCAAAACAAGUACAUACAAAACAUCUUUACUUUGAUCCAGCUACUGGCCAGCCUGUGAACCUAGAACUCACAGAAGGACAAACUGAUAGAUUGAAUGCUUUUAUAACAAAGCUAUAUGUAGAGAACCAGAAGAGCCAGAGAUUUCCUACAAUUGCAUAAUUACGAACAAUUUCUGAAGUCAACAAAGGCUGGAUAUGUAAUUUAUAGCAUUGAAUUUACAAAUACUGAUAGCAAUGUACCCUGUAUUAUUUAUAAGAGCUUAAAAUAAAUUAAA